AUGGCCGACAAAUGGAAAACUGCUUUCAAAACGAUCCACGGGAAAACCCCGACCAAAGCCGACUAUUCAUUGGCUCCAAAGCAUGUACGAGAUGAGCUUGGGCCGAGGAAACCAGAAACAUCGAAAGGAAAAGCAGUAAAACGACCACGGUCGAUUUUGCGAACUCCCGAGUACACGAGUCCGAUGAAGAAGAAAAGCAAGAAGGAAUUGCAAACAACUGGCACGCCUAGCGCUUCAUCACUGAAAACUCAAAAAAUCUUGGAGGAGGUAAAAUCAUCAGAAGCAGCUAAGGUUCUCUCUAAAGGCCUUUCGAAAAAAUUUCUUCUGACUACAAUCGAAUCACCAACUAAGGGCAUGUUGUCACCACUAAAAGCGCUUUCGCAUCUACAUCACAAGACAACUCUCACUCCCGAUCGCCCCUCGACAUCAACUUUUGCCGCUCCGCCAUCCGUCAAUCGAACACCGAUUCGAUCACCACGUAAACCGGCUUUUAGGAGACUUGUUUUACAAAACACGGAAAAUCUUUUGUUGGCAUCAAGUGAGAAGGUGCGACCUAUCGAAGCAAUGGGUCCAUCAUUUGAUGAUGAAACUUCCGAGUUACCCGAGGAAACAAUCAAUGAGAAGCCAAAGACGAGGAAGAAUCUUUUCAACACCAAUAAAACUCGUGAACGAGCGAAGUCUAAUGGUGAAAACUUUGUGAGGCUAAAUAUGCGCAAGAAGAAUUUUGUUCGAGGAAAGAUUUCCGCCGAAGCCAAACGAAAACUCGUUAGAAAGCAAAAAUGGAAAGCAAAGUUUGGAGGAAAAAGAUUC